AUGCCAGCCAAAAGAAAGAACAACGGCCACCGCCGCAACAGGGGAGGGGCCCCUGCACCUGCUGCAGCUGCUGCUGCUGCUGAUGCUGGUGCUGCUGCUGCUGCUGCUGCAGUGCAGCAAACAGCAGCAAAUGACAAUGCUGAAGAGGGGCCAGUCUCUUCUCCCCCCCUCAGCCGCAGCAACUCUGACGAGGCCCUCGCCCCAGCAGAGGAUGUUGCUGCUGCUACCAGCUCAAACACUGAGCAGCAGCAGCAGCAGCAGCAGCAGCAGCAGGAGGUUGCUGCAGAAAAUGAAGACAAAGAGAAACAAGAUGAAAAACGGCUGGAUAGCAGCAGCAAUCCGCAGGAAGAAGCAGAAAAUAGCGAGGAGGAGUUAAGUGCUCAGACUGCAGCUGAGAACGAGAAGCAGCAGCAGCAGCAGCAGCAGCAGCAGCAGCAGCAGCAGCAGCAGCAGGAGCACAAACAGCAGCAAGAACAGCAGAAAGAUGAGGAGGAGGGAGAGGAUAAGACCAGCAAGACAAGCACAGAAGAAGUUUCAGCGGGAGAGACGGGCGAUAGCGCUGAUGAAAGGCAGGAAGAGACAGCAGCAGCAGCAGCAACAGCAGCAGCAGCAGCAGCUGCUGCAGCAGAGGUAAACAAAGCAGCACAGCUUGAGACAGGCAGCAGCAACGCUCCUGCUUCGUCUCCUGUACAGCAGUUGCAGCAGCAACAACAGCAGCAGAAAGAGCAGCAGCAGCAGCAGCAGCAGCAAGAAAUGCAGCAGCAGCUGCAGUCCAACGUAAGCACACCGCUGCAGGGGUCAGCAAGCCCUCCAGCAGCCGCAGCAGAUACAGAAGCAGCAGCAGCAGCAGCAGCACGCUGCAGGGGUCAGCAAGCCCUCCAGCAGCCGCAGCAGAUACAGAAGCAGCAGCAGCAGCAGCAGCAGCAGCAACACCAGUUGCUGCUUCUGAGAUAG